GCUAAAUUUGUGAAAUCACUCUCUCUAUUUUCGAUAGCCUGACAGAUACGGGCACACUUUUUAUUAUACAUCGAUAGAUUCUUUUUCGACAGCAGCCGGUGCGGUGUAGAAAUGAACGACGAGGAAAUUAUAAAGCAGCGACUGCUUAUUGAUGGCGACGGUACUGGAGAGGACCGACGCUUGAAUGUGCUACUUAAGCAGUUUCUCAAAUAUGCAAACUCCAAAAAUGACUCGCCGGAAACUAGCCAAAUUAUGUAUGACCGGCUGAUGGCUCAGUUUGCCCAGUGCAAGCUGACAGCGUUGAAGAAUGUGCAGACUCUUCAAAUGAUCAAAGAGGAACGCGAGAACUACAGCAAGCUGGUGGAACAGCAUGAGGAGAGCAUUGAACUGGCCAAGGAGGAGAUUGAAGCGAGUAAGAAGGAGCUAGUGACAGCUAAGCAAAUUCGUAAAAACAAAAUGGAAUAUGAUUUGUUGGCCUCGCUCAUCGAGCAGCAACCCGAUCGAAACGGCACUCAGAAGCAAAUAGAAAUAAUUAAAAAAGAAAUUGAUGACCUUAUACAGAAGAAACUCAAAAUGGAGCGCAAGUUUCAGAAGCGUCGGAACGAUUUUACUCUUUUGAUGUACAGCAUCCACGAGCUGGAGCAACAAUUAGAGCAGGACAACAGUUCCUCGUCGUCGUCGUCAUCCUCCAGCGAGAGCGAUCCCACAUCACAGCCAGACUUGGACGACAACAAUGGCAUUAUGGAGGUCAGUGACGACGAAGACGAUGAUCUUAAUACUAGCAAUCCUACAAAAUUCGACGGAGUCCGAAGAGAGGUCAAACUACCCUCAGUUUCUACAGAAGACUCAAAAGCCAUGUCUGUGGAAGAGGAUGCUGUUCUCGAACUAAGCAUUGACAAAGAUGAGCAUGAUGUAGACGUUGUGGUUGCCAGUUAGAUGUGUACAUAAGUCGAAUAAUAAUUAAAGAAAAAUGUACAUGCUAGUUGGCUUCGCUUUUCCUAAAGAA